AAUGUAUAUUUUAUGACAAAUAAAUCAAUUUAUAGUUAAAACUGGAUUUAAAAGCAAUUAAUUUUCGUUAUUUGUCGUCAAAGGACUUGGAUUUCGCUGAAAAAGUUAUCGAAGAAAUUCAAUCAUUUGAACGAAGAGGAAGUGUCCAAAGUGUUCUUGUAUUUCCACCAAUUGAACGACGAUAUCGUUAUUUGUUUCAUGAGUUGACACAAACAUAUUUCGGUCAAACACUCGGAACCGUUUCCAUCGGAUUUGAAGGACAACGACAACCUCUUCUUUACUUUAAUGCAGUCAUUGAGUUUGGGCACCAAAUGGACACAAUUGAAGACAAAUCGAUGACCAAAUCAUCUAAUAGUGGUAAACAUAAACAAACAAAAGCACACAAACCUGUCAAACAAUCGCAAAGAUAUAAUGACCGAAAGUCUCGGCGACCGGAUAUGAAAUUUUAUGUCCCACCGAAAGCCAAGACUGAUAAUAGUAGUGGCGAUGACAAGACUGUUGACAGGGAUGAGUCAUCUGAAGAAAUGAUGUGCCAAAACAUCAACUCAUUAAUUGAUCUGCAAAUAUCUGACUCUAGUCUUGAGUCUAAUGUCACGCACACAACACAUCCAUUAUUAGUUAAUAACACUCAAAAUGAAUCAUUUGAUACCAAAGAGUCCAAUGAAAACAAUACAACGAAAAAAGAAGAAGAAGAAGAAGAUAAUUCUUGGGAUACAAUGUUUGACGAUAACGGCGAUUGUGUUGACCAACAAUUUGCUGAUAAAGUUAGUGAUUUGAUUUGUAAUAAAAAAGUAGACUUAAAACUUGAGAAAUCACGAAUCGAUUACUUAAAUUUUGAGUCUAAAGAGCCUGAAAUCGGUGACACAGAACUGCCGCACGUUCUCGAAGUAUAUGACUUUGCUUCUGAAGUGAAGACACAGGACAUUAUAACCUCAAUCUCUAUAUUUAAUUCUCGUGAUUUUGAUAUUAAAUGGGUUGACGACACUCACGCCUUAGCUGUGUUUUCUAAUGGCAGGACAGCCACUGAAGCCCUUAAAUUUAGUUAUCCUAAUAUUAAAUUACGACCUCUUUCUCAAGCUAUUAAAGAAUCAAAACUUAAAGCACGCAAUAGUUCCGAAUUUUUACAGCCAUAUAAACAAAGGCCUCAAACAAGUGCUUCAUUAGCCCGAAGGCUAGUAACACAAUCACUAGGACUCAGGGAUAGAAUAACACCCGAACAACGGGCCAGAGAAAGAAAACAGUUGGCCGACGCUAAAGAAAAGAAAAAGUUAGCCGUAAAACAAAAUAUCGAUGUCUGGGAAGGAAAUGUCUUAUAAACAUAACAUUUAAAUAAUCAAUAGUAAUGUAAUAUAUAUUUAAACUUAUUAAAAGUACAUUUAUUAAAUAUUUGU